AUGGCCGGCGGCUUGGUCAAGUACCGGCACCUGAGCCGCGGCAGCGCCCACCGCAUGGCCCUGCUGCGCAACCUGGUCACGUCGCUCGUCAAGCACGAGAGCAUCCGCACCACCUGGGCCAAGGCCAAGGAGACCCAGCGCAUGGCCGACAAGCUCAUCACCCUCGCCAAGCGCAACAACGAGACGGCCCGCCGGAAGGCCCAGGGUAUCCUCUUUACCCCGCACGACCUGCUCCCCAAGCUCUUCACAACGCUGCGCCAGCGGUACCAGGACCGGCCGGGCGGGUACACGCGGGUGCUGCGGACGGAGCCGCGGUCGACGUACGACCAGGCGCCGACGGCGAUCCUGGAGUUCGUCGACGGGCCCAAGGACAUGCGCUUCCACAUGACGGCGGCGACGUGCGCGCGCGACCAGCGCCUCGGCCGCGCGCCCACCGCCAUCACCGAGCUCAACCGCCGCAAGGUCACGCGCUUCCGCGCCGGCGGCCGCGCCGAGUUCGACGCCAUGGUCGAGCAGAUGAAGGGCCUCGGCUUCGGCGCCACCCCCGACGAGCGCCGCGCCCGCCGCGACGACCGCAUCGCCGCCCUCGCCGAGGACCCCAAGGGCAGCACCGCCCGUGCUGGGAAGAAGGGUGCCAGCAGCAGGACGCAGAGCCGGGACGAGGCCGAUGUCGACGAGGAGGUUGUGGUGCGCGGCAAGGGCGAGAACAAGAACAUCAGCGUUCUGCGGUAG